AGUGAUAUCCUUUCCUUUCUAACAAGAGUCUCCUCUUCAAAAGUUUUGCGUUAGAUUUGCAAAAUGACGACCAUAUCUUUGAUCUGGGGGAUUGUUAUGUCAGUGUGCUGUUUUUUAUGGCUUAUUCUUGGAAUGAGGAGAAGAAAAAAGGGUGAACCACCUCUGGAGAAUGGGUCGAUUCCAUACCUGGGGUGUGCUCUGCAAUUUGGUGCCAAUCCUCUUGAGUUCCUCAGAGCAAAUCAAAGGAAACAUGGUCAUGUUUUUACCUGCAAAUUAAUGGGAAACUAUGUCCACUUCAUCACAAAUCCCUUGUCAUACCAUAAAGUGUUGUGCCAUGGAAAAUAUUUUGAUUGGAAAAAAUUUCAUUUCACUACUUCUGCAAAGGCAUUUGGACACAGAAGCAUUGAUCCGAGUGAUGGAAAUACCACUGAAAACAUAAACAAAGCUUUUAUCAAAACUCUGCAGGGUGAUGCCUUGAAUUCCCUCACAGAAGCCAUGAUGGAAAACCUCCAACUUGUCAUGAGAUCUCCUGUUCAACCUGAAUCAAAGAUGUCUGCCUGGGUGACAGAAGGCAUGUAUGCCUUUUGCUACCGAGUGAUGUUUGAAGCUGGCUACUUAACUCUCUUUGGCAGAGAUCUUGCAGGGCAAGAUGCACAAAAAGCACUUAUUCUAAAUAGCCUUGACAACUUCAAGCAAUUUGACAAAAUCUUUCCAGCCCUGGUAGCAGGCCUUCCCAUUCAUGUGUUCAAGACCGCACACCACGCCCGGGAAAAGCUGGCAGAGGGCUUGAGGCAUGAGAACCUGGGAAAGAGAGACCAUAUGUCGGAACUGGUCAGGUUUCUGAAUGACAUGCUCUUCACCUUGGAUGACAUGGAGAAGGCAAAGACGCAACUCGCUGUCCUGUGGGCAUCACAAGCAAACACCAUUCCAGCCACUUUCUGGAGCUUAUUUCAAAUGAUUAGGAGCCCUGAAGCAAUGAAAGCAGCUACUGAAGAAGUGAAUAAAACACUAGAGAAUGCUGGUCAAAAAAUCAGCUUUGAGAACAAUCCUAUUUGUUUGACUCAAGUGCAACUGAAUGAUAUGCCAGUGCUAGAUAGUAUUAUCAAGGAGUCUCUGAGGCUUUCCAGUGCCUCCCUGAACAUCCGGACUGCUAAAGAGGAUUUCACUUUGCACCUCCAGGAUGGUUCCUACAAUAUCCGCAAAGAUGACAUCAUAGCUCUCUAUCCACAGUUAAUGCAUUUAGAUCCAGAAAUCUACCCAGAUCCUUUGACUUUUAAAUAUGAUCGAUAUCUGGAUGAAAAUGGGAAGACAAAGACCACCUUCUACAGCAAUGGACUCAAGUUAAAGUAUUACUACAUGCCAUUUGGGUCAGGAGCUACAAUAUGUCCUGGAAGAUUAUUUGCUGUUCAGGAAAUCAAGCAAUUUUUGAUUCUGAUGCUUUCCUAUUUUGAACUAGAGCUUGUGGAGAGCCAUGUUAAAUGUCCUCCUUUGGACCAGUCCCGUGCAGGCUUGGGCGUUUUACCACCAUUAAAUGAUAUUGAGUUUAAAUACAAAUUGAAACACUUGUGAAUACAUGGUUGGAAAAAGAGGACCCUAGAUGAUGUGACAGGACUGCGGAAUGCCAUCACUUAUCCGUCCCUUUGGACAGAUGGAUUUAAUGGUGGUGGAGCUGAUUCACUAGGUCCAGUUCUGUUCACCGAUAUUUGCUUGUGAAUCUAAAUGUUUUCGUGAAAGUUUCCAGAAGCUAUCUCAGACUGUGCUAGUGAAAGAAACUAGUUUCUAGGAGCACGAUAAUGUGUUUUCAUUUGAAGAAAUCAGUGAAUGUUCAUGAAGCCAGGGACGAAACUUCAUUACCUUCAGAGGAAAAAGCCUUUUCCCCCGCAGAAUGAAGAUAUUCCAAUUGGCAGAAUUUUUUUCCUAAGGAAACAACUUUAUUUUUAUAAAAACUACCCAACAAUUAUAGGUACAAAUUCACGUUUUAGUGAAAGUGCAUGAUUUUUUGAUUAGAUGUACGAUUCUUCAGGUAUAGAUUUAUAUUAUAAAGGAUAUUUCAAAAGAUUAUAUUAUGCCUUUUAGUAAAGAGAAAAUCUUUUCCAGCUUUCCCUAUAUCCAGUAUUCAGGAAUUUGAAAAUAAUGAUCUGUUGUCCUGAAAACAUUAAAAUGGUUUUAACAUUU